GUUAAAUUUCGAAGAAAGUUAUUCUGAAAUCACAGAUAUUUGCGUCAACAUAUAAGUUUUUUUGUUGUUUGACAUAAUUCAGAAUAUGAAUCAUUAAGAAAAAAUGAACAUCGGCUUUAAAAUCAAUUUGAAUCUUAUCAUCAUCUUAAUAUGGACGAUACUUUGUCUAAUGUUUAUGGUACAAGCUAAAUCAUCUCCAUCUUCAAUUGUAAUAGAAUGUGAUGAUUAUAAAAAUUUAGAAGAACAUAUGCUUAAAAUUUCGGGAAAUAUAAAUGACAAACGUUAUCCAUAUCCGUCCAAAGAUGAAGAGUUUUCAACCUUUUGCAGAAAUAUUAAAACUGGUGCAAAAUUUACCAAAGAUUACACACAACAAUGUCUACAACAAAAUCCAUCAGGUAAAUCAAUCUUGACGAUUAUAGCCUAUUCGAUCACACAGUCGGCAAAAAAAUAUUGUGCACGUCGUAACCCGAAAAUCCGCAAAGAAAUGAUUCAAAUUGCAAAAUGUACCAAUCCCAAUCGUAAGCUUUUAACUGAAUGUUUCCAAACCUAUUUGGAUCGAAUGAAUUUGACUUUUAAAGUUGAACCUGAUAAAAAUAAAUUUCCAUAUCUAUGUUGUGUAACCGAUGUAUUAUCUACUUGUAUGACUGAAAAAUUAAGAAAUGGUAAUCCGGUUUGUUCGGAAGAAGCGAUCGAUAAUUUCCAAAAAUUUUUUGGUGGCGCAAUGAAAAAUGCAAUGAAUUUCGCUUGUGAGAAUUUCGAAGAUCAACAAGACCGUUGCCAAAAUAUGAUAGAAAAACAAGUGAAAUUAAAUGGAGGUUUGCCGCAUGUUCAAUGGCGAACACCAUUUACUAUUCUUAUAGAAUUUUUCAAAACAUUGUAAUACCUUUUUCUUGUGAAAAUGCCAUCAUAAAAACAAAUUGAAAAUAUGUUUGAAAAAAAACAUAACAAAUUUGCAGAUAUUAAAAAAUAUUCUUUCCGAAAAAACAAAGCUUGAUAAUAUAUUUGAAUGGUGAAAAAUAAUGUUGGACAAAACUUUUGUGUGGAAGAUUCAUUUUUUUUUUGACCAUAAAUAUUGUCCAUAUAAUUCUUUAAUAAUCAAAAUAAUUGUAUAAUUGAA